UGCUGUGGGCGGGCGCUGGCCUUGGCAGCCUCUGGGCCUCCCCCUGCAUUCUAGAGCGCCAGAGCUGCCCCAGCGGCUGCACAGCUGCCACCUCUCCUUCUCACGGCCUCCGGCCAUUGACCCCCAUCCUUGCCCGCUGUUUCUCUCACCUGGCCAUGACCCCAGGGCCCCCGGAGGCCUCAGCCCUGGCCUAAGCCCUGGGACCCCGGAGCCUGGGCCAUGGCCAACUCCGGCCUUCAGCUCCUGGGCUACUUCCUGGCCCUGGGCGGCUGGGUGGGCAUCAUCGCCAGCACCGUGCUCCCACAGUGGAAGCAGUCCUCCUACGCGGGCGACGCCAUCAUCACCGCCGUGGGCCUCUACGAGGGGCUCUGGAUGUCCUGCGCCUCCCAGAGCACCGGGCAGGUGCAAUGCAAGCUCUAUGACUCGCUGCUCGCCCUGGACGGUCACAUCCAGUCGGCGCGAGCUCUCAUGGUGGUGGCUGUAAUCCUGGGCUUCGUGGCCAUGAUCCUCAGUGUCGUGGGCAUGAAGUGCACCCGGGUUGGAGACAGCAACCCCAUCGCCAAGGGCCGCGUCGCUGUCUCUGGGGGUGCCCUCUUCCUCCUGGCAGGCCUCUGCACUUUGACAGCCGUCUCAUGGUACGCGACCCUGGUGACUAAGGAGUUCUUUAACCCGAGCACACCUGUCAAUGCCAGGUACGAGUUUGGCCCAGCAUUGUUUGUGGGCUGGGCCUCUGCCGGCCUGGCCAUGCUGGGGGGCUCCUUCCUGUGCUGCUCCUGCCCGCAGGCCGAGAGAUCCAACAGCAGCCCGCAGCCAUACCGGCCUGGCCCCUCGGCCACAGCCAGAGAACCAAUUGUUAAAUUGUCUGCCUCCAUCAAGGGCCCCUUGGGUGUGUAAUGUCCAGGCCGCACCCUGCCCCUGGCUCUGUCCCCCUGCCAUACCUAGCCUGCAUGCAUGCUGUUUUGGAGAGAAGUGAGCAUUCAGCCCCAAAUGUAGUGUCCUUUGGUCUGCCCCUGGGACAUGACUCAGGCAGGGCCUGGCUUAGAGGCAGAGCUGGUCACUUGGGCACAGUGGUGGGGAGAGGUCCAGGACCGUUACACAGCACACCCAAAGCUGAGCAGCAAAGAGCCCAAGGCUCCUUCCCCGUUCAGGCACCGCCACAGCCUGGGCUUGGGUUGGCAUGACCUCGGUGAUGGGAUGCCCCACCCUGAGACCUGGCCCAACUCGGGGAGCCAGCCCUGGAGUGAGGGAGCCCCUGUACUUGUUACUCUGCUGCCCCCGUGAGGCAGGCCCUCCAGCUGGGCCACCAUAGGCGCUAGCUAAGCGGAGAAAGCCCUGGGGGUGGGGGGACAAUCAGGGCCUUUCAGGCCUUGGGACUGUCCUGAGCCGGGCUGGAAGGCCCCCACUCCGCUCCACACCCUGCCCUUUCCCCACCCACCAUUUCUGUGACAUUCCUGCCGAGACCCAGCAGAGAGAGGGCGGUCUGAUGGGGUGGGAGAGCUCCCUCCUCACCCCAAGGUGUGGGCAGACCAGGGAGGGCUUUUAGUAGUCCUCUGCCCUUGGUACGGAAGUGGGGGUCACAUAGGAAGUUGACCCAGGUCGGCCCAAGGUUUCCCCAGAGCCUGCCAGCCUCCUGCCUCCCACCUUCACCCUGUUUGGCUCAGGCCUCUCCGACCCCAGCCCCGCUCCCUGGAUCUUGCAUCUCCCUCUGGUCACUACUCUCUCUCCUGUGUGGCAAUAGCGCGUACAGCGGUCUGUGGCCUUUCCCGUGGGCUCCUCAACCAGAGCCACCGGGCUCCCUCCACCAGCUGCCUAGUGACACCUCCCACCGAAUCAGCUAUCAACCCCCCAGGAUGCAGCCUUCCCCUCUCAAGCUUGACUGAGGUGAAGUCAGAGAUGACCGUGUGGAGGCCCACCAUGGGCUCUGGGCGGAGAGCAGUGAGCGGCCUGAGGUUGCUGGCGCCCCAGGCUGGCAGCUGCUGUACCGUCUGUCCCGGAAGCUACCUUAGCCUCCAUUCCCUGAGGCCCAUCCAGCCUCAGGCCACAGGGUGGGCACCUGACAACUAAACAGGUUUCAGGUUCACCUGAACUCUGCCCCUGAGUCAGGAGACCUACCAGAGUGCCUGGGCGCCCCAGCUACAGCAGUUCUGGUUCCUGGGAGCUCAGCUAGAACUGAUGCCAGUGGCAGUACCUGGGUGGGUCCGGCUCCCCUGUGAGGUCUGAAGCUCCAGGCUACAGGGUCAUGUUUCCUGAGGGGUCUCAGUGGGACAAAGGUGCCUACAGGAAGUGGCCAGAAGGAAAGCCGUCUAUCUGCCUUUCCUGAGUCCAGGCUGCCCUGCGAGAUGCCCACAUCCUCCCAAUAAAUAGCCUAUUUUGAUGAGACCAAGUCGAGUUUGAUUUCUGUGACACACAGAAAGGUGCCCUGAACUGGGAGGACCUGGAAAGCAGGCGUGGCAGUGAGAGCGCCACGUUGUGCCAGCUGAGGGGGAUGUGGCCCGAUCUCCCCGCCCCAGCCUGGCUACUUGGCAGGUCAGAAAGCAGCUGGCCAGGAAAUUCUGUGGCUCAGGAGUCCUCCAGAAGCCUCGGACUUGUGGGAAAACCUUCGGGUAGAACAGGCUGGCUGCUUCUUGGCUCCAGGGCCAGGCCAGGCUGCGUUUCCAGCCACGGUGGGCUGCCGAUGGGAUGGACAGGCUUCAGGCCAUUCUGAAGGGAGGCCCUUUCUGCCUAAGGCCUGGGACUGGGGAGACAUCAUUUGAGGAGAGGGUUCCUGGCAACUAACUGGGAGUUAUUAUCUGGGAGAAGUUAGAGGACUUCGGGCAGCCUGACCCCCCAGGCCUCUCCAGAAGCAACCUUUCAAAUGUUGGGAUCAAGGUCACUUGGGCUGCUCAGUGGCUGGGCCAGCCUUCCGGGUCUCACGGCUCCUGUUUACUGUCCAGACAGAUCAGUUUGAAAUCCAGGAAGGGGUCUCAGACUCUAAGAGCAUGAACUAAAACUUUAGUCAUCAUCAGCAGGGUUCCCCCAGGAAGGAAAUUAGCAAGCCAUUAAAACUGUUUCAGGAGCGAUAGGCCAGAGUGCUGAGCGCCUAAGGAAGCCCAGACUCAUGGGGCGUGGCAUGGAGGGUGUUCGCUGAGGGGUGAACCCAGGCACUGCAGAGCCAAUCAGGGCAUCUACCUACCACCUGGGAAGAGGCUUGGACACCUGCAUCUGAAAAUACGAAUACGGAAUACUGAGCAUUAGGUGAUGUUCAGGCAUUAUGGUUGGCUUUGUGUCAUAUGUAUUGUUAAUUCUGUGAUGAUAGUGUGUUCUUUUCAAUCUGCUUCUGUUAGAAGUAAAUGCUGCAACGAUACAUGGCUGGAUUUUCUUUAAAAUACUCUCAGAACAGAAAGAUCAGGAAUAGGGGAAGUUAUUAACUAAGAUGGGUAAUGCCAGUGGCACUCAGAGGUUCAGGCUACUCUCUGUAUGUUUGCAAAUGAAAAAAAUAAAAGGUUAAAUUACCUCU